AUGGCUUUCAAAAACGUCCGAAAUCUACUUCUGAUUAAUCACAACGAUGGCUUUAUCAAUGAUGAUGAAUUUGUUGUUCUGUACGACCUCUAUGCAUCGAAAAACCUCGACUUUCCGUACGAUUCGUACGCACCUUUUGACCUGGAAGAGCUUGAUGAGUCUGAGAGUUUUGCAGAGUUUCGCUUUGGAAAACGAGAUAUACGAAUUCUGAAGGAAGUUUUGCUAAUCCCUGACACGAUUACCUGCAGUCAGCGCUCUGUUUGUGAUGGACUAGAAGGUCUCUGCAUGCUGCUUAAGCGGCUUUCUUACCCAUGCAGAUAUGGAGACAUGGUCCAUAGAUUCGCUAAACCUGUUCCAGUUCUUAGCAUGAUCACCAAUCAAAUGAUUGACUUUGUGUAUAAUGUUCACGGGAAUAGAGUACUAAACUGGAAUCAUGAGGUCCUUAGUCCUGUCAACCUGCAGACUUAUGUUGAUGCUGUGACAGCCAGGGGAGCCCCACUGCCCAAUUGUUUUGGGUUUAUUGACGGUACCGUUAGGCCUAUAUCAAGACCUGGAGAACAUCAGCGACUUCUUUACAAUGGGCAUAAAAGGGUUCAUGCCCUGAAAUUUCAAAGCAUUGCUUUGCCAAAUGGCUUGAUCGGAAAUCUAUAUGGCCCAGUUGGUAAGUUACAAAACAGUACAGGCCACCAGCUUUAA